CCUCUCUCUGUCGGGGGUGGACAGACCUCCUACCCAGACGCGUCGAUUAGCGAAUUGGUCGUUUUCGGUUCGCGAGAGGGCGUCGCGGCCGUCAUUUUUGCGGGUCCAGGUCCGUCGGUUUCGGUCCGAGGCCGUUUUCACUAAGGGGAGGUUUACUAAAGGGAGGUUUGUCCACCUCUCUCUGGUCCUGCGCCGUCGGCUCCUUCUCCUCGAGAGGUGGGCUUCGUGCUCUCCGUCGAGGAGGGCGCCUACCACGUCCGGCUGCUGCGCGGGGAGUUGGUGCACCUGGACGCCGGGGACGUGGUGGAGUGCCUGGGCGACAUGCUGCUCGCCAGGGGCCGGCACCGGGCGCGCAGGGCGACGGUGGACCAGGGCCGCCCCAGGAGCGACGGGGCUGCACUUGGAGGCUCCUGCCCUUUGCAGCAGCGGAAGUCCGUCGGUUGCUCUGCGAUGUCGGCUGGGAGCGGCCGCGUGUCCGCGGCGAGCAGCCAGUCGACAGGCCUCUCAGAGGGCAGAAGGUUGAUGCUUCCGCCAUCCUCUAUGUUGCAGAUCUUGGAAGGCGACUUCAGCGGAAAGCUCGCCAAGGUGUUAUUGGUCAACGCGGCGCAGGGCCAGUACAAAGUUCGAGUUGUUCCAGACGAUGUGGUCACGAUGGUGUCCUGCAAGGACGUGCAGCUGGCACCCAUCAGCGAGCCUAGCACCUCCCCAGGAAACAGGGCUUCUUCGCCAGGGCUAGCCCCUAUCUGGUCCCCCCGGUUGGAGGAUGACAUCUUCUUGCAGGCAGCGUCCACACAGACUGUUCUUGAGCAAGACGUGACCGAGUAGUGUAAUUGGCACCAUUGCGGGACAGACCUUUGGACGGCUCUGUUUGGCCAGGGCGACGAUUCGCUCACGGGCGGGUUGGCCUGGGCCUUGGAGGUGACACGGAUGGCUGCGGCAGAGAGAGAGGAACUCCGGGACUCGGGAGCUGCAGCCCCCGAGGUCGAAGCCGACCCUGGACCGCAGACUGGACAAACCCACGGCGUCGGAAGUUUCGUCCCGCGGCUUCCUUUUGAAUCGUUUGCUAGACUGUCUGUAGAUCCGGGCGCGGGCCCGCUGUACCGAAUAGUUAGUCGUGGUGUGUUCUGGAGCGCUGAGCUGGAGCGCCAGAGGCGGAGAGAGGAGUGGAUGUUUGGUCCAGUCCCUGGGCAAGGCACGCCUGUCCCCCCGCCCCCGUCGCCUCACAGAGUCAUCCCAACGGCCCCCGCUCCCACCCUCGAUCGCUCCCUCCCUCCCUUCCCUUCUCCUCG